AUGAUGCAAAGUGAAGAUUGUAGUGAUGUUGCCUUUACUACAACAAAUAAUCCCUAUUUAAGACUCUUCAAUGCAUAUAUUGAGAAGACCACGGUCUACCCCAAAUCAAGAUGGCUGGGGUUACUCAUUCUAAUUAUUAUUUUUGCGUGUAGAGUUUAUUAUCAUCAAGGUUUUUUUAUAGUUACUUAUGGGCUUUCAAUUUAUUUAUUAAAUUUAUUCAUUGGGUUUUUGUCUCCGCAAAUUGACCCCGAAGAGGAAGGUAUGGUUCUUCCAAUACAUGAUACUCAGGAGUUCAGACCAUUUGAGAGGAGGCUCCCAGAAUUUAAAUUUUGGAUAUCUGCAGCCAAAGCGACUAUAGUUUCAAUAUUUUUAACAUUCUUUGAAGUAUUCGACUUACCCGUUUUCUGGCCAAUACUUCUAAUCUACUUCAUUUUUCUUUUCAUAUUAACGAUGAGACAACAAAUUCAGCACAUGAUAAAAUAUCGUUAUGUUCCUUUUUCAUGGGGGAAACAAACAUAUGGAGAUAUUACAAAGGGUAAAUUGCCAACAAAUAAAAAAACAAGCCUAGGAGGAAUAGGUUUGACUUUAAUAGGCGAUAAGUAA